AUGAGAUCCUUCUUAUUCUCGAGCUACCCAACGCAACCCACUCCAUCUUCUCCCUCCCAUUCUCUACUUGCCAAACCAUAUCCCUCUGGUAAACAGAAGGCUGCGCCGAAACCUAUAUCCUACGACUCACUUGGCGUUGUUCCCUCUGCUUCACAACGUAGCCAACUAACACCCAAGUAUGCACCAAACACGUCACACGACGUUCAAGACGACUUCGACGACGACAUCGCAGUCACAGUUACUGUCCAAUCUGUUGGAUCGACAUCGUCAAGCUGCUCCUCGACUAGCUCAAUAGCCUCGGAUUUCCAUGCCGCAAUGUCAAUACGCACCAAAGCCAAGAGAGAAUCUAGCAGCACGCUGCCUCCGUCAAGUCCACCCAGCACCACCACUGGCCUGUGUAGACCAACAACACCGACAAGUCCAGUUCAGAUUCCCAAGCGAAACCAUCGGGACUCCAACCACCAUGCAAAGCGAGAAGGACUGCAUCGUCGCCGUAAUCCCAAGAAUGUUCGCGCAUCAGAUUCAAUAUCGCCAUCGGUCGCAGCCCUCUUGGCCGUGACUGACAUCCGCCGACCACCAAGGCGCCGCCAUAGGGCCGAUACGCCACUUACCGUUGAGGAUAUUGCUGCGGGUGAACGGCAGGUGUCAGAAAAAGAGCUGAGUUUCGCUCUCGGGCGUGGCCCUAUGGAUUUGCUCCUGUCGCCUCCAGAGGAGUUACUGGAUGAUGAGCUCAGUGCGACCGAGAGCAACAUUGGUUCCAUGCUUGCCAGGACAACGUCUGCCGACUCUGUUCCAUCCCUUGGAGGGGAGUCCUUUGCUACUGAUAUUGUUUCUUCUGUUGACACACCCAGAAGCGCUGGCAACUCGGCUCGGCGUCGCCAUAGCCCGAUGCGCAAAUCUUUGGAGCCUGUUCGGUCACCUCCUGAUGAUGCUGCUGAAGGGCACCCUCUUGCGGUUGUCGACAGUCUUGGGUUGGAAGAUCUGGAGCUUCCUGCGGCUGAAUUAUCGGAGGAGGAUUCCACAUCAUUUCUACAGCCGUUCAAACCGUUACGUUCUGCAUUCAAGUCGAAUUUGACGGCGUCUUUACGAGCCCUGCGCUCCGCGGCCAAAUCAUUUUCGAGUAUCAACUUUCCGUCUAUCCCGCCGGACGACUUCCUCACCCGGUCUAUUCUUACCAUUGAGCCGAAUGUUCCGUAUAUGGACGAACGCCGUCCUCCGGUGACGGAAGAGAUGCCCUCUGCGGAACUACGACGUUAUCUGAACCCUACGACGAGUGCUCACAUAGACCCUCAACCAAAGCCUCGAGCAGGUACAUUUUCGGCUUCGAUUCAGAUGCAGACUUACAAGGUGCACCGUUCUCGAUCCGCCCCACCCUCGUCACGGGCAUCGCCCUACGUUACCAACAACUCAUCACACUCUGCAUCUGCUGCCAACCAACAACCAGGAAAGACGAGCCAGCAAACUCUCGCUGUCCCAGGCAUGCGACAGCGGGAAAUGCGUGAGAACCCGGAUUUUAUUCGCAUCGCGGUAAUGGAAAUGGCGAUGCGGCGCCGAGGCAAGCUUGACAAUCAGAAGCCAGGACGUGCUCGCUGGGCUUUACCACCACGCAAGGCGUCGCUGAAACCUUACGAAGUUGGCUCAAACGGCGUCCCAGCAAGGUGGGUACCCGUGACGCUGUCAUCCUAA